GGAACUCUUAGUUAAUGAGGAUGCUUUUAUUGUUCAUCUCCAUGGUAUAAACUUCUGUGAAUAUCAAAAACCAAUUAAUGCAAAAAGUUUAACUAACAUUCCUUGGUUAAAUAGAUUGAAUAAACCUGCAACAAAUGAAUCAAGUUCAGAAAAAGCUACAAAAAUAAUUGCCUCAAGAGUCAAAGGCAGUAUUAUCUUAAAGAAUCAUCCAAAA